AUGAAAAGGAUCUUUUCAUAUUUAUUGCAUGGGAAAAACGAGAUCUUUGCUGGCUUAGAAGAAGCAUCAGCUGAUGACACAUACAGAACUGUUGAUAAUCUGUGGAAUAGUUACCCGAAAGACCAGGAAUUUGAACGGUUUGGGAUUCCAUCAAGAGACUGGGAAGACAAUGAUUUAUCACUUAACCAACUGUCCAUGAACGUCGGCCAGUUGAGGGACAGAAACAACCCUUGUAGCAGUCGUUCAAGAAAAAGCGAAACCGGGUCAACGGAUUGUGAUGAGCCAUCUUUGGAAAGUGUUUCAUCACCAGAUAAGCAUAAUCACGAAGAGAAAUCCAAGGAGAAAGUGAUAAGAAGACUAAUAACAGACAUGAGGGACAAUUUGUUCCAAUACAUACCGCCUCGAGUGAAGGUAAAGAGACUAGACUAUCUUCAAUAUGUGAGGAAAAAUGAUGAUGGAGCAUUGAUAUACGCGGCUCAUGCUGAUUACUACAUUCUUUUACGGGUUUGUGCUAUGGUCGCUGAGAUUGAUGCAAGGAAUAUGCAUAGAAGUGUGUUGAGCUUUGAGAGAAGAUUGGCUUGGAUCGAGAAAAAGAUAGAUCAUGUUUUGCAUCUAACUCCACUUUCUAUCCCUUUUUAAGAUACAAAGACACAUUUGGAUGAGUAGAGCUUAGUGAUCAAGUCUUUUCCUCCAGAUUUGGAUGUUUUGGAACUUUCUGAUUUGCAGCUGCUUUUGAUUUCAUAGGUUAACCUAUGUUAUAUAUAAAGAUAUAAUCAGAUUCACUGGAGGCUUCGAGAGAUUCGUCUACUUGGGUGCUAAGAAACAUUAGUUGCAGCGAUUAAUUAACAAAAAAUGACAUUUCA